AUGAAAAGAAGAAAGAGACUGAAGAGACAAGACCAAAAGAGAAGUCCCCACGACGCCCCUGCAAGAAGCAGCAGCAGCAGCAGCAGCAACAGCAGCAGCGUGAGCACGAGAAGCAGCAAGCGAAGGCGCCUGCAGCAGCAAGCAAAAGCACCAGCGGCAGCCGGAAUAGCAGCCCAGCAGCAGCAGCAGCAGCACCAGCAGCACAGCAACAGCAGUGGUAGCAGCAGUAGCAGCAGCAGUAGCAGCAGCAGCAGUAGCAAGAGCGGCAGCAGCAGCGUAC